UUCUUUUUGUUUAGUGCUCCAAUGAUGAAACUCUAUCACAUAGGUAAGAUAACAAGUUAUCACUUUUAAACAGUUAUUAAAGACACCUCUUCAGAAGUUAUUGUGCUUCAUUUCAUGUGACUCCUCAGAUCAAGCAUAUCAGAUAGUGGGGGCUUUUGUCUUGCCUUACAUCACAUGGAGAAGCUGGUGUUUUCAGCUUAAAUCAGAGGAAAUUUGACAUGACUGUUCUUUUUGCCUAUCUGGCCACUUAUCUUGUUUCGUUUGCAAAUAUCAUAUGUAUUCUCUUGAGAUAAAAAUAGUGCAAGAUGAUUAGUUAGGCAAGUUCAUUUGACACCAUUCCCCCUUCGUGACGCUGAAAUCUAAAAUCUGUAUAUGGUAUACAACUUAAAGUAUAUAUAUAUGCAAGUUCAGCUCUGCUGGAGACACACUGCAAGUACCUUCCUCCCAACCGACUGCUUCCUUACCCAGUCAAGAAGACCACAAAGUUCAACAAUGGCCAUCACUGACAUCCUCUCUGCUAAAGAUAUUGAAUCUGCUCUCUCCAGCUGCCAGGCUGAUGAUUCCUUCAACUACAAGUCUUUCUUCUCCACGGUUGGUUUAUCCAGCAAAACUCCUGAUCAGAUAAAGAAAGUUUUUGGAAUCCUUGAUCAGGACAAGAGUGGUUUCAUUGAAGAAGAGGAGCUGCAGCUGUUCCUGAAGAAUUUCUCUUCAAAUGCCAGAGCCCUCACCUCGGCAGAGACCAAGGCUUUCCUGGCUGCAGGAGACACUGAUGGUGAUGGCAAAAUUGGAGUGGAAGAAUUCCAGUCUCUGGUGAAGGCAUAAACAGCAUGAGACCAAAGGCAACCUUGAACCUACUGUGCCAAUUACCUCGUCCAGCAAGCACUUCGCACUCAGCAUGUGUUUGUACAUUUUUAUAUUGUUUCAGGCAUUAGCAGUUCCCCACACAUGAAGUUCACACACCUGAUUGCUGAGAAACCUUGCAAUGUUUUGGUCACAUGGCAUUGUUACAUUUCCAUUGUAAAGAAGGCACUUUGUGAUUUUCCACCACUGACAAUGUUGAUAUUGUGGCUGGGAGAGGGGAGAAGACAAUUAAAAAAUCAAUUAAACAAAAAGACCCUUGGGAGAAAAAGCUGCUUUUAAUAAUUUUGUUUAGGUUCUCCAUCCUUAUACUUGAGCAUGCUGACUCACCAGACACAGUUUUGAUGAUGUUAAACCGUACCAUAUCUUCUCAGGCUUAAUUGUACUGAUUUAAUUGAGGUUUAUUUCUGAUUAAUUCUCUGAUACUUGAGAAAAAGCAAUGCUGAAAAGAUAGCUAAAAAUAAUUCCUAUUAAGUCUCAACCCUGAGAAUAUGAUAAAAAAAAUAAGACAUUUAAGAAGAGUUCACACCUAGCUCAAAGCACAGAAUAAGUUUGUGGGUAAUUUUCCAACAUAAAGUAGUAGACCACAGCGUAAUCGUAUCGCCAGAACGUGUUUAUGGCCUAAAAUGUGACUCUCCCUUAAGAAGAUUUAUCUUUCAUGAAAUCUAAGGCAGUUGUGAGAUACAGGAGAAGGGUCUAAUCCUACUCUGUCACUGUCACAAGUCAUGGUCCCCUGACAACCUGGGCCACAGGCCUGGAGGUUUUUCCAUGAAUCAUGCGCCUGUUGCUUAUUGUCUCUUAACAUGUACAAACCAAAAAUAUUUGCCACAUCUGUGAAUUUCUGUGUUUUUAACAGAUGAAACUACAGCCAAUCUUGCUGUUCGAUUACCCUAAAGCUCUUACAUUGUUAAAUAAUAACCAUUACUCAAGCUCUCAUUUAUUAUAUGAAUUAUUACCUAUAUGUUCCAUAAUAACAGCAGUUUUCUUCAGUCUGAAAACUAAGAACUACUC